AAACCAUCAACUGCAGCUCCAUCUGUGCCACCUGGUUUUCUUCCUGAUUCUGCACUUGCUGAGGACUUGAUGGCACCUGAGGAGCCAUCAGUUGAGUACCAUUGCAAUUCUUGUUCAGGUGAUUGCUCUCGAAAGCGCUACCAUUGCCAGAAGCAGGCCGAUUUUGACCUAUGUACUGAUUGCUUUAACGAUGGGAAGUUUGGCUCCGGCAUGUCUUCUUCGGAUUUUAUUCUCAUGGAACCUGCUGACUCCCCUGGUCUUAGUGGCGGCAAGUGGACAGAUCAGGAAACCCUCCUCCUUCUCGAGGCACUUGAACUUUAUAAAGAAAACUGGAAUGAGAUUGCGGAGCAUGUUGCUACGAAAACAAAAGCACAAUGCAUACUGCACUUUGUUCAAAUGCCAAUUGAGGAUGCAUUCUUCAAUAGCGAUGAUGACAUAGACACCGAUUCAAAAGAAACUGCUGGACCAGCUCCCAGUAGUGAUGAAACCUCUGUCCCUAAAGAUGUAUCGGAAACAACAGAGAGUAAGAAUGCUGCUCUGCAGGAGGAUCAGGCCCAGACUACACCAAUGGAAACUUCAAAACCUGAAGAUGGAAAAGAAGUGCGAGCCAGAGAGGAAACGUCUAAACCUGAAACUGAUGCAAAUGGUGGUCAAGAAACAUCAAAGCCAGAAGAAACGAAUGUAGCAAAAGAUGGGAAAGACACAACUGAAAAUUGUGCACUUGUGGCACUAAGGGAGGCAUUUGAAGCUAUUGGUUAUGAUUUAACGUCUGAAGGGACACUCUCAUUUGCUGAUGUGGGAAAUCCUGUCAUGGCAUUGGCAGGGUUCUUUGCUCAUCUGGUCGGACCCAACAUUGCUUCUGUUUCGGCCCAGAGUUCACUGAAAUUGUUAUCUGGUAGUUGUCCUAACCUUCAACUGGCUGCAAGGAACUGCUUUGUUUUGGAAGAUCCACCAGAUGACAAGAAGGAACCAACAUGUUCUGAGAGUGUUGUCAACGAUAUGGGUAAUGGUGAUGCUCAAAAUGUGAAAAACUCGGAAGACAAAAGCCUCGAGGGGGAUCAGAAAAGUUCAUUUAGCAAUAAUGGCAACCAAAACACCAAAGUUUCUCUUCCUGAAGAGAAGGUGACAUCACCUUCACCCAAUGACUUUACCGUGGAUAAAAAAGAGUCCAGCAAUACUGCAACUAAUGAAGAAGAUAACAAGGCUAAUUUUAAUGGAUCCACCAUUAUUAAUCAAUCAAAGGAUCAUCAACCAAGUGUAACGACGGUAUCAAAUAACUCAUCAUCCCAGCCUCUACCUAGUCCACUGGAGGAGACGGGCAGGAAGGAAACAGAAAAAGAACCUUCAGAGCCUCCAAAAGCAAUGAAGGGAGUAGAUAUUUCUGAUUCUGUUCCAGUGGAAAAGAAUGAGCUCUGUGAUGCAGCUGCAGGAAAGCCAUCUGAAGCGGGAAAUGCGUCAGAAAAUCUAGAGACGGCUUCCUCUUCUCCAUCCAGAGCAAAGAACGAACAAAAACAUGUUCAACUGAGUGCUGGUGGAGAAUCUAAUAAGCCUGCAGAGGCAGCAAAUGAUGUUGAAAUGGCAUCUAUUUCACAACCAGCAGAAAAGACCGAGUCUCGGCAACCAGUCGCAUCAAAUUCUGAAAACGAAAAAGGAGAUACCACAGACAAGAGUAAAGAAGGUAAAAACAAGAAUCAUGAUUCUACGGACAGAGAAGAUAAUAGCAGCGUUGAUAAAGUAAAGCGUGCUGCAGUCACGGCACUCUCAGCUGCAGCAGUGAAGGCAAAACUUCUAGCUGAUCAGGAAGAGGACCAAAUCCGACAACUCACAGCAUCAUUAAUAGAAAAACAGUUACAUAAGUUGGAAGCCAAAUUAGCAUUCUUCAAUGACAUGGAAGGAGUCGUAAUGAAGGUUAAGGAGCAAUUGGACAGGUCAAGGCAGAGGCUUUACCACGAGCGAUCACAGAUAAUUGCUGCUCGACUGGGCUUGCCAGCUUCCUCCUCUAGAGCAAUGCCACAACCAAAUGCUACAAAUAGAGUUGCAGCAAACUUUGCAAAUUCAGUUGCUAGGCCUCCUAUGAGCAUGAAAGCCCCAAGACUGCCAAUGUCGAGACCCAUGGGUUCUAUGACUCCUACCCCUUCCAACCCAUACGUAUCCACAAGGACCACAACGGUUGCGGGGAGCUCAAUUAGGCCUUCUAACCAGGAAAACCUUUCCUCUGUCGGUACCAAGUAGUCUCUACCUGUGAAUAGAAUUUUCUAUCCAUUCUUAUACGAUGGUCAUCAUGAGAUCUAUCAGGUGAGUACUACCCUUUAUAGUUGCAGUUCGCAUUAGCUUUAGUGUUGCUAAUCGACUGACAUUCAUACCAAUUCAUCUCCGAGUAAUCCGGAUACCACUGCCUAUCGACUGACAUCUCAUGAUCAUAGGAGGAAGGAGCAGAUGGUUAUGGUUCUCCCUUCGAUCCUAUCCUAUCCUAGUCGAAAUUGUCGAGGCUAUGUCUGACGUGGAAUUUUUUUCCCAUCUAUGCUUUUGUAUUUUUUGUAAGGCUAGUUUAUAGUGUUGAUACUUUGGGACGUAAUGAUGAAUUCUAGGUGAUGCAAGUUAAACAUCCAUAACCUUACCAAAUUCU